AUGGCGCCUGGUAUCUUUGAACGUAUCCAAGCCAGGAUUGAGCUGUUUAGGCUUGAGCAGCGCUACACCAAGAGGCGCAACCGCCGUUCCACUUUUGUGUCGAAUGCCAUGUACGUGGACGGCGAGUACAUUUACAACACCCCGGCGUCGACCGGCAGCUCCACAAACUCAACCUCGACGUCGCCCAGCAAGUCCACCACGGUUGGGAGCUCCUACACAACAGAUAACGUGCCUUCCGGGUCGCCGACGCAAAAGCCUGGAAAGAAGUUGAAUCGGUUCUCAUCAAUGCCCGGGUUUGGGUCUUUGUCAAAGUCUUCAGGCAGCCGACAAGCCGAAGACUGGAGGAGAGAAAACGUCAGCGUCACCGAGGUGCGGUGA